AUGGACGAAAGCAGUUUUGACAUGCUGCAUAAUUCCAAUCAUGAUACGCUUUCAUGCAAUACAUUCUGUACACCACCCAGGUGUAAAGUAAAGCAAAAAAACUUAAUUUGCAGCGGCGAUAUUGAAGAUGACGAAUAUAAUUUAUCAUCCAGUUUGAAUCAUGGUCUGUUUUCAUAUCUGCAUUUUGAUGGCACAAGUUACAAACCAAAGAUAAACUAUCAAUUAAAUACAAAAACGGCAAGAUUUACUCAAUUGAGCAAGAAAUCGGAUUAUGAAUUUAGUUUGAUGGAUAAGUUACACAGCACUAAAAUAGUGCUUGUAGUUGGAUAUGAUUUAAUGCAUAAGAAAUUAGUUCGUGUUGUGAUGUAUAACAACAGCGAAGCUUGGAAAUAUGGUCCUAAUUCACAUUGUCAUGUAGACUCAGGAAUUAGAAAAAAAAAGGUUGAGGCAUCUUUUCCUAAUUCCUAA